GGAACCGGACUGGUACCGGAUCGUUAUCUUUAUCCAACCGCAUUACUAAGUGAACCAAAACGUGUCGCUAAGAAGCGCCCUGCCUGCAUAUUUCAGUCUGCCGCACCUCUCUUGUUAUCGCACAGCUGUCAGCGAACUGUCAGCUCUGAGUAUGCCACCUUGAUCUCGGUAACACGGUGUAAAGCUGACCCAGCAGACAUGGCGGCCCGGUAGACGACCCGGUUAGCUUAAUCUCGCUGAGCUCCUCUUUUAUCCAGGUGUGCUGUUGGUAGAAACAUGGAGAAGCCAUCUUCUUCUGACAGAGCAGAGCUCAAUGAGGGCACAGCCCUGGUGGAGGAUGGUGAAUUGCCUCAAGGUGCUGAAGGUGGAAAGGUGGAUCCCCGGACACUGAGGAAGAGAAGCUCCUCCCGUAAGAGUUUCCGCCUGGACUACCGACUCGAGGAGGAGGUGACAAAGUCCUGUCGGGACAAACAUGGGCGCUGGACCAACCCCUGGCCAACAUGGCGUUUCCCAUCCUACUCCAUGCUCUUCAGGUUUAUGGUUCUGGACAAAAAUCACAGCAAUGUGCCAACUAGCACAGAGGUUCUUGACAGUGAGCUCCCUGUAAUGGAGCCUUACUUUGUCCAAAACCCACAAGCGUUGGAAUCUCAUGCUGGUAUGAGGGUAACCUGGCUGGGCCACGCUACAGUUCUGGUUGAAAUGGAGGGGGUUAAUAUUCUAACAGACCCGAUUUUUAGCCAGAGAGCAUCGCCAGUCCAGUUCAUGGGGCCCAAAAGGUACAGAGGACCCCCCUGCACAGUAGAACAGCUGCCAAGGAUAGAUGCAGUCGUCAUCAGCCACUCUCAUUAUGAUCACCUGGAUGCUGGAUCUGUUAGCAGCCUAAAUGCACGCUUUGGAGCAGAGCUACGCUGGUUCGUGCCUCUGGGUUUGAUGGACUGGCUCACCAAGAUGGGCUGUGAGAACGUGAUGGAGCUUGACUGGUGGGAGGAGAACUGCGUCCCAGGUCAUGACAACGUCACAUUUGUCUGCACACCCUCUCAGCACUGGAGCAAGCGGACAGCGUGGGAUGAUAACACGUCUUUAUGGGGAAGCUGGUCUGUUUUGGGUCCCAACCAUCGGUUUUUCUUCGCCGGUGACACAGGCUACUGCUCAUCCUUCCAGGAGAUCGGACGUCGCUUUGGGCCAUUCGACCUUGCAGCGAUUCCAAUUGGGGCAUACCGACCCAGGGAUGUGAUGCAGGGACAGCAUGUGGAUCCAGAGGAGGCUGUUCAAAUUCAUCAGGACCUUCAGGCUAAACAGUCUGUCGCCAUACACUGGGGGACCUUCGCCCUUGCCUACGAGUAUUACCUGGAGCCUCCAGUUCGUCUCAGAGAGGCCUUGAAACAGAAGGGACUGAAACCAGAAUCGUUCUUCACUUUGCAUCACGGGGAGUCUCGGCUCAUAGCUUCAGAGGACCGGGACGUCUUUGAAUGAUGUGUCUCCAUCUGUCUUUGGACUAAAUCUGUAAAAAGAAACAAGACUGAUGAUGACAGCUCCACCUAAAUAAAAACGAAUGUUUUAUCGUGCACAUAUCAACUCUUUGCCACAGCGUUUUAAAGGAAAUACACUCAACUGCCUGGUUGACCUUAAAAUUCAUAGGAUAAAGUACUAUACUGUUUGACAAAAAAAAUAAGCCAGUCUGCGAUAACUUACAUGUUUCCAAUAGAUCUAGGGUUGUGAGGCUCUGCCUUAGAAAUCUUUCACAUCUAAGGAAGAAGGAAAAACAAAAAGAAUUCAGCUUCACUUUUCAUCUUUAGACCCACACAGAGUAGGAUUCUUUUUUUAAAGAUGGUGCCAUAUUUGAAUGUGUUAUUUUCAGCUAAUAUGAAAACAAAGAUAUGCAUUUGCUUCAAUUGAUAGCCUAUCCACAUCUCACAACAUUUCUAUAAACCCAGAGUUAAACGGUGUGAAUUCUUAACAUACCACCACCUCUAUGUGCUAACAAGACAGGUGCCUCAUCACAGGUAUUUUCAGUGAAUGUUUUAGAUACGACCACUUUGGUCAAAUACAGGCCCCCCAAUGCAGAAAAAUCCUAUACCUCAACUAUUUGUUACUUGGCUUUUUCAUAUGUGGUCACUUUAAUUUGUAUAAAAUGCAAGAGCUGUUCUUAUCCAACAAGAGACUAGAUCGCUAAACUCCCCACAAUGCUUUUAAUUUCUACUGUGUGUUUAGCUACAUGCAGCAUAAUGCUGUCAUCCAUAUAAAGUCUAUUCAUCUGAUAAUACAUUUCAAGUUCAUGUGCUGGUCUGCUGCGUCUAGCCUCUUUAAAUGCAGAGCAAAAGAUCUCACACCUCCCUCAGCCUGGAAAAAAAGACUGGCACACCUGGUACAUUUACUGUCAGUAAAGGGAAAAUAGAAAAUCAACUCAGUUGGUUAAAAACUGUGACCAACCCUUUACCAAUACAACUGCCAGUGAUGGAGGUUAAGAAGCAAAAAAACAGCUACUAAGACAUCCACACUCAAAGUAUUACGAUUAUAUUAAUAGUAGACUGACUCC